CUAUUCUUCCCUCCAGCUGAGUGCAGCUCAGCGAUUCUGUCUCUGCUCGGUAGCGCCUAUGCAGUAUUGUUGUAGUUGUAGAUGCGUGGUCCAGAGGAUCCCGGGCGAUCCACCGAACACGUCGUCUCCUCUCGUUUGAAGCGCAGAAGACACCGCAACAUGAUGAACUCAAGGACGGCUUACAUCAUCAGAAAACAUCUCUUAUUGAACCACUGGUCUGCUGUUUCCGAGUUUGAUGGACUCAGUCGUUUCUUCACGACUUGACAGGCAGAGAGCCUCUUCUCGCGGUGGAAGGUCGCUUUUCUAAUGGUUUUGUAUGAGAUCAUUUGGAUUUAUUUCUUCUUAAAGAGCUGAAUCUGCGCUUUUAUCUGUCAAAUUCUGUAUGAUUGCACUUUAGGUUAGGUGAGUUCUCUAUACAUCCAACGCUACUCACCGGAGUUCCCCUUGAAGCGCUUCUGGAGACCCGAGGAGAACCCAUCGCCACCUCCUCACCGGCCGGGAGGAAGAUGUUGCCUUCGCAAGAAGCUUCCAAAAUAUACCAUGACAACUACAUGCGGAACUCGACGGCCAUCGGCGUUUUAUGGGCCAUAUUCACCAUACUUCUAGCCAUCAUCAACGUGGUGGUGUUCUUCCAGCCUUUCUGGAUCGGCGACAGUAUGAACACUCCGUACGCCGGUCACUUCGGUUUGUUCAACUACUGCGUGGGAGGGGGGAAUCCCAGGAACGACCGGGAGCUCACCUGCCAGGGUACAUUCGCCGACUUCAGCUCCAUCCCAUCGAACGCCUUCAAGGCGGCCUCGUUCCUCGUACUGCUGGCCGUGGUGCUCAUCCUGGGCUGCAUCGCCUGCUUCGCGCUCUUUUUCUUCUGCAACACGACCACGGUAUACAAGACGUGCGCGUGGAUGCAGCUGCUCUGCGCCCUGUGUCUGGUGUUUGGCUGCAUCAUCUUCCCGGACGGCUGGGAUGCGGAGGUGAUCCGGGACAUGUGUGGCGAGGACUCUGGGAAGUAUGCGCUGGGGAACUGCUCGGUGCGCUGGUCCUACAUCCUGGCCAUCAUCGGCAUCCUGGACGGCCUCAUCCUCUCCUUCCUGGCCUUCGUGUUGGGGAACCGGCAGGACAGGCUCCUUCUGGAGGAACUCAGGAUGGCCAGCAGAGAUUUUGCAGUGUCGAGGAUCGAGGUCCGGGACUCCAAGGGCCCGCGCUACGCCCUGCAGCGGUUCCGUUGA